AUGAAACUUGCACAUUCUAUCGAUCAACACAAUGGCAACUUCUAAAAGCCAUAUUGCCACUCUCAUUUUCUUCUUUCUCAUCACUAUAGUAGCCUUCUCUUAUGCUGCUUUAGAUCCAAACAAACUUCCUAAAAACACUGCCAUUCACUUCCCGAUUCGAAAGAACCAAACUACCCUCCAGUAUUACACCACCUUUGAUUUUCUUAACCCAGGGUCGUUUAUCGUAGUUGAUGCAUUGAUUGAUCUAGGAGCACAAUCUGUAUGGUUUGAUUGUAGGUCUUAUAAUUCGUCUUCAUAUAAAAGAGCAUCGUGUGGUUCAAACAAAUGCAAGAAAGCCAUGGGGUCUGUCUGUUUAGGAUGCAACCUAACACCUAGACCUGGCUGCUCUAACAACACGUGUGGUGUUUUCGCUUAUAACCCUUUUACCGAAUACUUGACAGCUCAAGAGCUUGGUGAGGAUACUAUGAGGGCAUCUUCGACAGAUGGUCGCUAUGUUUUGAUUGAUUAUGAUGUACCCAAAUUCCAAUUCUCUUGUGCGGAUGAAGACAUUCUACAAGGGUUACCUGGUGACAAUACUAAAGGGUUGGUUGGUCUAGCAAGAACCCAAGUUUCAUUGGCUUCACAAAUUUCAUCUUCUUUCAACUUGCCUCCAAAGUUUGCUCUUUGCUUACCAUCAUCAUCCAAAAAUGGACUAGGGGACAUUUUUAUUGGUGGCGGCCCGUAUUAUAUGCCACCUGUUAUCGGAGACCAAUCUUCAUCCUUUGCCAGGACUCCACUCGUUGUCAAUCCAGUCAGUACCGCCCCUGUUUCCUCAGAAGGAUCUCCAUCAGAUGAGUAUUUCAUCAGUGUCAAGCAAAUCGAAAUCAAUGGUAAACAUGUAUCUUUUAACUCAUCAUUGCUAUCGUUCGACAAGAAUGGAGUUGGGGGGACCAAGAUAAGUACUAUAGCACCUUAUACAACUUUGCAUGCCUCCAUAUAUAAACGUCUUCUCAAAGAUUUCGUUAAGGAAGCUACACUGAAGAAGAUCAAAAGGGUAACAUCCGUCGCACCAUUUGGGGCGUGCUUUGAUUCCAAAACCAUUUCAAAGUCAAUAACCGGACCAGCGGUCCCGGAUAUCGAUCUAGUUCUGGAAGGCAACAUGGUAUCAGAAAAGUUUAAACUAUCUGGCUCAAACUUAAUGGUGGAAGCUAAGAAGAAUGUGUUGUGCCUUGCAAUUGUUGAUGGGGGAGCCGAGCCAAGAACAUCUAUCGUCUUGGGUGGGCAUCAACUAGAGGAUCAUCUUCUAGAGUUCGAUCUAAGUACAUCAAUUUUAGGGUUCACCCCAUCUCUAUUGCUCUCAAACACUAGCUGCUCACACUACAGGCUAUUUUAGUAUUUCCCAAUGCUUUUUAAUUUAUCUAAAGAUUGGUAUCGGUGUUAAUAUCAAUUUUAUAUCCUGUAAUAUUUGUCACUCUUAAGAAAUUUAAUGUUGUCAUUACGGAUCACAAGUUAUGAAUAAACAUGUCUGCUCUGA